AACAAUUCCACGUGCAUUUUCUGAACUUUAAUAAAAAAGCUUCAAAAUGAGUGAUAACGACGGUGAUAUGCAGCUAAACAUUGUGACAGGCGGGUCGUCAGAUAGACGACAGAAGCAAACCAAAAUCAGACACCAGCACAGAUCUGUCCGUAUCAAAGAAAGAAAGAAAGCAAAGUGGUUAAAGGGGAAAGAAGAGUCAGGAGAGGGGAAUGAAACCGCUGAUGCUGAACCUGAGGAAUCGGCUGGUGAUGUGGUAGAUGAGGGGUCACCUCCCAAAGCUGGCAAGAGGAAGGCUGAUGGUGGCGAUGGGGUUCCAGCAAAGAAGACUAAGACAGGGCCUGUGAUUUCAUCCUUGUUUAAGAAUAAUCCAAAUAUCCCACAUGUUGUUAGUUCUCAAGUAGACAAAGUCCAAGAGCGGGUCUUCUCCUCCCAAACCUUCAGUCACAAGGAAGACCUCCAUCCAUACAUCGUAAAAAACCUCGAAGAAAGAAUGGGCCUCUUAACAAUGACAGCAGUGCAACAACAGACCAUCCCAGUUGUCUUACAGGGGAAGGACGUCCUGGUCAAGUCGCAGACGGGAUCAGGAAAGACUUUGUCGUAUGCCAUACCUAUUGUACAGAUGCUGCAGGGAGAACGUCCAAAGUUGUGUCGAAAUGACGGGGUGUUUGCUAUUGUAAUUGUGCCAACAAGAGAGCUUGCAGUUCAGAGUUUUGAAACCUUUCAAAAGCUUGUAUAUUCUUUUACUUGGCUGGUAGCUGGUAGCGUCAUGGGUGGAGAAAAUCGAAAAUCAGAGAAGGCACGAUUACGAAAGGGUAUCAACAUUUUGGUGGCAACACCAGGAAGAUUGUUAGACCACCUUCAGAACACAACCAGCAUUAACAUUGCCAGGUUAAAGUGGCUGGUUCUUGAUGAGGCCGACAGACUUCUAGACCUGGGAUAUGAAAAAGACGUUUCACAAAUCAUCAAUAUACUUGAUGAGAAGAAACAAAUGGAAAGACAGACACUAUUGCUCUCAGCAACACUCAGCCCGGGUGUUGAGAAAUUAGCCGGAAUGAGUCUUAAAUCACCUGUUCAUGUUGACAUUGUGCAAGGAAGUGCUAUCAAGAAACAUGUGCCAAUGUCUAGUGGGUCGGCGGAGGAUGAAGGAUCAUUUUCUCUGCCUGACAACCUCAAGCAACAUUUUAUUGUUGUACCAAGUAAACUGAGAUUGGUGACGUUAGCGGCGUUCAUUCUUUGGAAGUGCAAGUUCAGUACAAAAGGAAGCAAAGUUAUUGUCUUUUUAUCAACUCAAGAUUCAGUUGAGUUCCACCAUAAUCUGUUGACGGAAACGAUAUGUCGAAAUGAUGACAGUGAUGAUGAGGACAUUGCUGGACUGACCAAUCAGAUUGAUCUAUUUAAGCUCCAUGGUGACAUGGACCAAAAGGCGAGAACAAAGGUGUACCAAGAAUAUGUGGCUACAAAAUCUGGAGUCCUGCUGUGUACAGAUGUAGCGGCAAGAGGUCUUGAUCUCCCCAACGUUCGGUGGAUCAUUCAGUACAACACGCCUGGUAGUCCGUCAGAUUACAUUCACCGAGUCGGACGGACGGCCAGAGCAGGAUCCCGUGGACAUGCUCUUAUCUUCUUGACCCCCUCAGAAGUUGAAUACGUCAAGGUGCUAUCAAAAUAUCACAUCAGUAUGGAAGAAGUGAGCAUGGAUGAUGUGUUAAAGACCUUACUGAUCCCCUUCAGUACUGGUGGAGGGGCCAAGCCCAAGGAGAAUCAGACCAAAGAACAGUCGGCUACUUCACUACAGAUGACCUUCGAGAGCUGCGUGCAGGGGAACAAAGAUAUGGCCCAGUUAGCUAGGAAAGCCUAUCUGUCCUUCCUGAGAGCUUACGCCACCUAUCCUACGAAACUGAAACACAUCUUCCACUUGAAGUCGAUCCAUCUCGGUCACGUUGCCAAAGCAUUUGCCCUGAGAGAGGCCCCGGCACAGAUCAGUCAUAAAGGCACCAUUGAAAGCAAGAAACACAAAAAGAAAGAUUCUGGCCAGCGCCGUAACCCUCGUCCCGCCAUGGGGAGGAAGAUGGAUGCCAUGUCUGAAUUUGCCAGUGGUUUCGAAGGAAUCAACCCAUUCAAAAAGACAAAGAAACGAAAAUCUUGAAACCUGUCCCUAGAACAAACAGUAAGUGAAGAAAAAGAGAAUCUAGUGUGAUGUUGUCGCAGAAAAAUGAAAUAGACUAGUGAUGUUACAGAAACUUCAUUAUGCUAGGAUGUUAUUUUGUUUUUAGUAAGAGGACAAGCCAAAAAAUGUCCUGUUUUUCAGUGAGAGAAUAUGAAAUGACUUAAAGGAAGUCCUUCUGGUACGAUGCAUUUCUGAUCGAAUUGCAAAAUAUUCUUUUAGUUACAUCUGCUUGUUAACAGUUUCUUACAUGU